AUGUAUUGCAUUACCAUUAAGAUUUUCAUCUCAUGUCCAUAUACUUAUGGGCUUCAGUUAUCACUUAAUGCAAUACAAAGGUGUGAAAGUACGAAAACCUCACAAAUAAUUCACUCUACCUCGAAGAUUUAUUUCAGCCGUCUCCAAGUACAAGCAAAAGGAGCUAUAUACUUGACAACUAAAAAUGGAACGUUUCCAAUAAUGUUGACAUCCCAUGACGAAGCUACGCCGCGGCACACUCCAAAGAUUUUGUCUGCGGCGAAAAACACGUCACGAGAUACCGCAGAACCCGACUACUGGGACAACAUAAAUGAAAUAAUGUUUUCCAAUUACGCCAACUCUAGUUUUGAACAGACAGACGUGUUUACGUGGAAACAGAACAAGAGAAGUAUAAACGAUGCCGUCUCUAAAAAUAUAACUUCUGUUUUGGAGAACCUUUUGAAGAACUAUGAAAAUUCUCAGUUGCCAACGCAUGGUAAAGGUUAUCCAACUGUAGUUCAAACCAACAUCCUAAUAAGGAGCAUGGGACCAGUUUCAGAACUCGAUAUGGAUUAUUCGAUGGAUUGCUACUUCAGGCAAUAUUGGCGUGACACGAGGCUGUCGUUUCUCGGUCCCAUCCGCUCUUUGUCCCUUUCCAUCAAGAUGCUCGAGAGGAUUUGGAGGCCAGACACGUAUUUUUACAACGGAAAACAUUCCUAUGUACACACUAUCACUGUACCGAAUAAACUGCUUCGCAUCAGUCAACACGGUGAUAUUUUGUAUUCAAUGAGAUUAACUAUUAAAGCUAAAUGCCCUAUGGAACUUCGUAAUUUUCCGAUGGAUCGUCAAUCGUGCCCUCUUAUCCUUGGCAGCUACGCCUACUCGAAUCAACAACUAGUUUAUCAAUGGCAAAACUCGCAGAGCGUCAACUUUGUUCCCGGAAUGACCCUCUCACAGUUUGACCUUAUCAGUUUUCCGUACAGAAAUUUCACAUUUACCAGACGAGAAGGUGAUUUUUCAGUGUUACAAGUCUCUUUCAACCUCAAAAGGCACACCGGCUAUUUUCUUAUUCAAGUGUACGUGCCCUGCAUCCUUAUAGUAGUCCUUUCUUGGGUCUCGUUCUGGAUUCAUCGCGAGGCUACAUCCGAUCGCGUGGGCUUAGGUAUUACCACUGUGCUAACUCUGUCCACGAUAAGUCUUGAUUCUCGUACCGAUUUGCCUAAAGUUCGCUACGCAACCGCACUGGAUUGGUUCUUGCUAAUGAGUUUCUUUUACUGCAUCGCAACUCUACUAGAAUUCGCUGGAGUGCAUUAUUUCACGAAGGUCGGUUCUGGUGAAAUAGUUAUCGACGAUUCGGAAUGGGAAGAGCUGAUCGAAGAAGUCGGAGGGGACGCGGUCGCGGCACGUGAACUCGCCGUACGUCGUCGUAGUUCUGCUAGAUCCGCCACUAAUAACCUCUCCAUGCCAUCCCAAAGUUCAAACCCAACGACUUCGGAUAACUUGGAAACUGAACAGCCAGUUGCAGUCCGCCUCACCAUGGAACGUACAACUCAGACCGAGACCAGAGUGCCUCGUUGGAGACAACUCUUGUACUGCUUAGCUGGCGACGAUCGCUACAGACGACAGAGACAACGGGAAGCAGGGAGUAGGGGACACAUCAACAGCGUCUCACACAUCGACAGGGCUGCACGUGUUUUAUUCCCGGCUUCGUUUGCACUGCUCAAUCUAUUCUACUGGAUGAUAUAUGCCUUCUCGAGUGAUGACUUUGCCUGGAGCGACAAUCCCAUUAAUACCUUAUCGCAUUGA